CCCCGCACCGCGGAGCCAAGCGCUCGGAAAGGCGUCCCCGCAGCGCCUGAAAGUUCCUUCUUCAGUGCGUGUGUCGUACGUGGCGAGCAGCGUGGAGUCUGGAACUAUCGAAAGGGCCCUGUAAUGAGAGGCGGUGCAGCGAGACAAUUCCUGGAAGAACGAGGGGCAGUUGGUGGGCGGGGUUAUUUCGGGCAUUCAGGUGGGCCACCCGCCUGGGCGUCGGGAAGGCCCGCGUGGUUAGGGAGCGUAGGAGCGGCGUCUCUGGUUACGGGGUCGCCCAAAGGGUAAAGGGCAGCCUCCGAGUUGGAGAGCACCUCCUUUGAGCAAUGGCCGCGUCUGGGGAACCCGGGAGGCAGUGGCAGGAGGAGGUAGCCGCGGUGGUAGUGGUGGGCUCCUGCAUGACCGACCUGGUCAGUCUUACUUCUCGUUUGCCAAAAACUGGAGAAACCAUCCAUGGACAUAAAUUUUUUAUUGGCUUUGGAGGGAAAGGUGCCAACCAGUGUGUCCAAGCUGCUCGGCUUGGAGCGAAGACAUCCAUGGUGUGCAAGGUUGGCAAAGAUUCUUUUGGCAAUGAUUAUAUAGAAAACUUAAAACAGAAUGAUAUUUCUACAGAAUUUACAUAUCAGACUAAAGAUGCUGCUACAGGAACUGCUUCUAUAAUUGUCAAUAAAGAAGGCCAGAAUAUCAUCGUUAUAGUGGCUGGAGCAAAUUUACUUCUGAAUACUGAAGACCUGAGGAAAGCCGCCAAGGCCAUCAGCAGAGCCAGAGUAAUGAUCUGCCAGCUGGAAGUGACUGCAGCAACUUCUCUGGAAGCCCUAACAAUGGCUCACCGCAGUGGAGUGAAAACGUUGUUCAAUCCGGCUCCUGCUACUGCUGACCUGGACCCCCGCUUCUACGCUCUCUCAGAUGUGUUCUGCUGCAAUGAAAGUGAGGCUGAGAUUCUGACGGGCCUCGCAGUCAGCAGCCCUGCGGCUGCUGGGAAGGCUGCGCUGGUGCUCAUGCAAAGGGGCUGCCGGGUCGUAAUCGUCACCUUAGGUGCCGAAGGAUGUGUGAUGCUGUCACAGACAGAGCCCGUUCCGAAGCACAUUCCCACAGAGAAAGUCAAGGCUGUGGAUACCACGAUUCAGAAACUUGCUCAGGACCAUUAUGCUGCGAAGCAACAGAGCUGGGGUUCAAAACUAGGCCUGUGGAUACUGCGUGUGUAAGGCACUGUGGUGAGGACAAGCAGCUUAAGUGGACAAGUCCUGGCUAGCUACAAAGCAGGGAUGACAGGGAAACAAGUUAGAAAAAAGGCUCAGGGUUCCUCUAAAGCUGGAGAAAUAAAAAUGAUCUCUUUAUGGCCUAGAAUGCAGAAGAGCUGACUAAAAAAGUAAGCACAUGUCAGAGACACGAAACGAGCUGAAGAAUAAAAAUUUUAGGAUUUUUAUUUAUAAGAAAGUGCUGUAUAAUUAUUUGUAAAAUAUGUUUUGGUUUUUAUGCUUAGAAAAGACUUUAAAAUGUGGAUCAUUUAUCAAAAAAAGAAGCCUAAAGGGAUCUGAUGAAGUUUUGGAUACAAAUAUGCUUUGAAAAAUAGAUAAGUGCAAGGCAUGCUUUUAUUAGAUGAAAUUACAUCAUGACUGCCUUUCAAAAUGUGCUUUAUCGGGUAUUUGAUAAAUUGUACUUGAUGUUGUUGUUCUCUUCAUAUUUGAUCAUUUCUGAAACCAUUAGUAUUUUUCUGUUUUGUCAAGAUGAACAGUAACCUGAAUUUGAGAAAUUUCUCAUUAGUUCUGAAAUUGAUCCUGCUUUAGACUAAAACUAUUCUAGGUCCUGAACUAAAGUAGAAGAAUUUAUUCCUCUCUUACUAAAAAUGAAAUGAAGUGUCUUCGUAAAGAUGUCAGGCCUAUGGGGGUCCCCAAAAGUGGUUUAACCUCGUCUUUCAGUGCCUGUGUCAGUCACGACUCCUGUUUUUGCUCAUAAGCAGCAGAAGUACAAUAAACGAGCUUACACAGAAAA